CCUUAAAACCCUAAAACCUGCCGAUUACCAAAUCGUCCAAUAUAAAAUACUCCCCCGUCAAAUUGUUUCCUUCUCUACCUAAAAAAAAUUAAUAUUUUUAAAAAACAUCAGCCCUUACAGAGAGAGAUUCUUCAUCUUCGUUACCCUCCGUACUAAAUGGAAGACACCAACAACCACAACAAUCAAGUGACCUCAUUGUUCGAGCAACAAAGCACCGUUAACGUCACUCCUGAACUUAACGGAACAACCACUGAUGGGUCCCACCACUCCGUUACGGAGAACAAGAAGAAGCGUGGUAGGCCCAGAAAGUACGAGUCUCCCGAGGAAGCUAUCGCCGGAAGGAAAGCUAUCGCCGCUAGAAAAGCCGCCGCCGCCGCCGCAGCUGCUGCUAACGCUACCGCUACGACAUCGUUUUCGUCUCCUAACUUUACCAAGCCUAAAAAGUUUCAUUCCUCUUCUCUAGGGAAUUCAAGAGAGGGUUUCAAUAUCCACUUUGUUACUGUUGCUCCUGGUGAGGAUAUUGGCCAAAAUAUUAUGAUGCUCAUGCAAAAAAAUAGUAGGUGUGAGAUGUGCAUUCUGUCUGCAUCUGGUUCCAUCUCUAGUGCCACCCUUCGUCAGCCAGCAACCUCCGGAGGCAAUAUUACUUACGAGGGUCGCUUUGACAUAAUUUCACUUACUGGAUCAUAUGUCCGUAAUGAACUUGAUGGUCGUUCUGGUGGUCUCAGUGUAUGCUUAUCCCAUUCUGAUGGGCAGCUUGUAGGUGGAAGCAUUGCUGGACCCCUUAAGGCCGCUAGUCCAGUUCAGGUCAUUGCUGGCACAUUUUCUAUUCCCUCCAAGGACCCUGGUGCUGGUAUAAAAGGCGAUGUUUCUACCAGCAAGUUACCAUCGCCAGUUGGUGAGCCAACAUCAAAUUUAGGUUUCCGCCCAGCAAUUAACUCUUCCAAUGGGAAUGCAAUCCCAGGAAACAAGGAACAUCAAGUUAUUGGGGGAAGUCAUUUCAUGCCUCAGCAAUAUGGUGUAAAUGUGGUACCUUUCCAUCCCUCGGAUUGGGGAAGUCGUCCAGAUUCAAGAAAUGCUGGCUUUGAACUGAUAGGAAGAACAGGUCACGGAGCAAACCACUCUCCUGAGAAUGGAAACUAUUCCUGAUUAAGAUGGCUUAUGGGUUGUGAAAAGAUUAAUCCUCGGUAGUUAGGUUUAUUGUAUUGCUUUGUAGUAGUUAGUAUUUUCUGAUUUUGCCUUUUGUAGUAUGAGAAAUGUUAAAGCAUCCUUAAAUAUCAGCUCAAGAGCUCUCCUUCCUAUUACUUAUGAUGGAAAGAGAAGACUAAAGACAUGCAUAUUUAAUAUUUUUGAAGUUCUCAAGAGUUCUAAUGUAUUCUUUUCCCUUUAGAAAUUAAAUAGUUGUUUUGUGAUGAAA